AACCGGUAUAUUAUCUAAAUUGUGGCUGGUUUAGACGACAUCAGUAAAAUGGGGAGUGUAAACAUAGCCGAGAUUUCCGUAGAUGCCAACUCGGGGUUAAUAAGUAUCCAUAGCCGCCAUAAGCUUGAGUUGAAUCACAGUAAAGUCAUGGGUGCUGUAGCCAUACUUCUUGUCGAGCCAACCAAUGCGACAGACGGUUCGUCGACUUCGACAGGUGUAAAUUCGGCGUCAACAUUAUCAAGAGGCUGUCAUAAAGACGACGUGAUCAGUAUUGAAGACACGCAUUCCGGAGGCACAGGUCAUGGAACCCGUAUUGUCCCCUCAUCAGUGUCACUGAUAAGCUCUCCAUGCGGUUGGGUCGGAGGGGAGGGAUUUGGGAGAGCAGCUACUUGCCACGCGUACGAAAACGGGCCUCAAACUGCGCUAGAUCAAGAACACGAUGUGUUGAAUACUGCACAUAACAAGACCAGGUCACACGACAAUACUGUUGCAAGAAACGACAGAAACAUGGAUCAAGAAUCACUUCAUUACUUCCGGUCAUCAACAGAUAACUCAGGAGAUGGGUUAUACGAUCAAAAUAAGACCAAGCGGACGGAGUAUAAGUCUUCCAGGGAAGAGACCUUGCCCACCAAAAAUGUUAGUGUCAUCGACUUAACGGACGUAUCAGUUCGUCAACAGCAAAACAAACACAAUACGCAUACGCCCGCUGCUACACCCUCUGGUAACUUAUAUAGAAAGCAAUCGUCAUCUGGUACUUUCAUACGUCCAAACAGAGAGCCUAGAGUAUCAUUACACUCGAAAACUACUCAGCUGGUACAUGCUCCUCGACUCGGUUCACCAUUUCUAUCGAGAGUGAAUUCUCAGCUUCAAAGAAGGAAGCAUAGAAACACGAAAAUCAGCAAGCUUGUUCAACAACCUACGAACCAGCGUGCGAAUGAUGCAAAGUGCUGCGUUUGUGCUGAAGUAUUGACAAGUUUUGCAGACAACCAGUCACAUAGCAUCAAACACGACUUGCAAAAUCAAUGUGUGGUGUGCGGAAUAAAGCUGUCGGUAACUAGUAACUUACGGAGGCAUUUUCUAGGUCAUAUCCACAACAUCGCAUUCACGUGUCCCUUCUGUACUGCAAUGUACAGACGAAAAGAUAAUCUUACAUCACAUCUCUUUCAGAAACAUAACAUUAAUUCAAUGCAGAGGAGAUCUCAACAGUUGAUUGCAAGAAUGGGAAAAGUCCCUAAACAGAUUCAGGGAAUCGAUGACACAAGUCAGUCUUCAGCGCACAAUAUCUCUGAACGUCAAGAUGUUGUAGAAGUAACAAGUGAUCCUCCUAAUUCUGGAAACGAAAAUGUGGUUUCUACAGCAAGCAGAUCCGCAGAGAGCCCAAUGCUUAUACCAAUGGAAACCAAUGUACCAUCCGAAUUACAACAGUUGGUGACGAGAAUACCAGACUCCAGCGCCAAAGAAGUAGGACAAUCCAACCAAUCUCCAAUACAGAUCAAGGAUGAACCGGAAGGGAAUUCCGGUAGCUCAGACUUUUGUUCGGCACCGCAAGUGAUGCACGGAAACCAACAAGUAGAAAGAGACCAGACAGAAUCUACUGAUUUAUAUUCUUCAGGAGGAAUUCAAGAAUCAAACGAUAUUCUCACGACAGAUGCUGCACACCAGAUAAAUACAAGUUCCAUAUUGAACUACAGUUGUAGUACAUGUGACGUUAAGUUUCCCCAACUCGAGAAACUUCAGGACCACGUUGCUGCGUUUCAUUCAGACCAAGUGCCCACAUGUGUCGCUGAUAGUGACACAGGUACGACGAAUGGCCACACACUAGUCAGUACUACCGACUCGACAGUUCUCAGUGUCUCGGCGGAAGGGCAAGCGUUAUAUCUCUAUAGCGAGACACGAGGAUCCGAAACUAGUCUAGAACAAGAAAACAUCAGAAUGGCAAUGAGUAGUGGCAAUAAGCAACACGAAGAAGUCAUAGACAUCGAAAAUUUGAGCGACAUGUCAAAUUUUCAACAUACCGAAUCUACAUUGAUGCAACAAGCUGGAUAUUCCAGCAACAGGCAAGGGGAUAUAUUAGCAAAAGCGACUGACUUCUUAGGAAGUGUAUAUUCAAGCUUCAUUCCUCCGAGCUACGAGUCUUCACCUUCGAGCAACAUGAACCAAAGUAUGGAAAGUCCUAACACAAGUUUCUCGCCGGGAAGAAAUAGAAUAAGUAAGGGUAAUAACAAGUGUUUGGUGUGCGGCUUGUUAUUGUCAACAUGGGAAGCAAUCAUGGAACAUGGAGAACAGCACGCCAGUGUGCUUUCCAAUCAAUAUGGACCCGGGAAGAGAUUCCCUUGUGUAGUGUGCCAGACACCGCUCAGUACUAAAGACUCUCUGAGGCGACACGCAGUCAACCACAUGGGAGUACAACACUUCUGUACAAUGUGUUCCGCUGUGUACAGCAGACGUGACAACCUUCUGAAACAUAUGAGGGAUACACACGGCGUCCACACACCAAGGGCUUAAAUGAGACGACCUUACCUGUGGUAUAGCAUGCACGUCCAUUCAAAAACGUUCCAUUUCUAAAGAGGAACGUUAGUCAUGUGAAUAAAUUGUUCUAGAUGCAUUAAAUCAUUAAUGUAAUCUGACAUCAGUUUCAUCUUGAUGUCAUCUUGUGACCUUAAGGAAGAGCGACACUACAUUAUUUACCAACAUAGUUAAACAAACGAUUUUGACAUUCAAAUUUUCUAGUUGUAGAUAUCUGUUUGGGUUUGUUACUGAAAUGAUUUCUGUAUAAAAUGCAUUCUAGGCGGAAGCUGUUUCCUAAUUUAUUUUCUGCUUCUGUACAUUAAAUGCGAACUAUAGAACUGCCAUAUUUUCAGUAUCCAUAAGAAGAUAUCCUUAGUUCUUCUGUAAUUAAUUAGAGUUUUAUGAAGUUAAUGUGGCUGCCACGGGUAGCCAUAAAAUCCUUUAUUCUGCUUUUGUAUG